AUGAAGCCUCAUGCCGUGGUGAUCCCAUAUCCACUGCAAGGUCACAUUGGCCCCAUCCUGAAAUUGGCCAAAAUUCUUCAUUUCAAAGGAUUUCACAUCACUUUUGUCAACACUGAAUUCAAUCACCAGCGCUUUAUCCGGGCUCAGGGGCCUGAUUUUGUUAAGGGCCUUGAGGAUUUCCAGUUCAAAACCAUUCCUGAUGGUCUCCCUCCUUCCUGUAAGGAAGCAUCACAAGAUAUACCUACACUUUGCCAAUCCAUUCCAAAUAACAGUUUAGUUCCUUUCAUCAAUCUGAUUAAGGGACUCAACGAAUCUCCGAGUUCGCCUCCCGUUACUUGUAUAGUUUCUGAUGGAGUCAUGAGUUUCACUUUAGAUGCUGCUGAGCAACUCAAUAUUCCUGAAGUGGUUUUCUUCACUCCCAGUGCUUGUGGAGUAUUGGGAUACCUUCAUUAUUCUGAACUUGUAGCCAGAGGAUAUGUUCCAUUCAAAGAGAUUAAAUAG